AUGUCCUACGUGAACACGCUCCGGAGCGAGCUGAAGUCGUUGAUGGACGUGCACUGGCCGUCGAUCGCGAGCUCGUUCGUCGGCUACGACGGAUCGCGGGGCGACGCGAUAGCAGCGAUGGCCGCACGACCGGCGGCCGGUGCUGCGUCGCUGCGAGCCCGGCUAGCCGACGGGUUCUUUCACCGACCGGCAGCGGAUCAGCGGAGUACCGUGGGCCGCAUGACGAACCGGCCGAUGGAAGCGACGGCGGCGAAGACGAAGCCGACGGACAUUGCGGUGACGACGGCCACCGUCAAGACGACCGACCAGCUCGGUCCGACGGUGUUCGACACGGAGCACGAGUGCGUGUCGGCCGCGUCGGCCGCCCACGGCACCGGCCGUUGGCUGUGCGUGUGCUACAUGACGGACUACUUGGACUGGGUGGGCCAGCGACUGGACGAGGCUUCGGGCAGCGCGGCACCCGAGGCUUUGGCCGACGGCGCGUUCGAAUGUCCGUACUACAGGGCGGUCACCGCGGUCUUGGUCGUCAGCCCCGCGAAUGCGUGGCCCGAUCACUUUGCUGUUCACUAUAAAUUAGUUGGGAGUGACGUUCAAGUCCGAUGUUUAGAAGAUCCGGGAAGUAAUCUGAUUAAAUGGAAAUACCAAAAAUCCGAACAUGAUACGAAAUCCACAAUCAUCAAUACCGAUUCCAAUGAACUGGCGAUAAUGGGAAUGGAUCCAGCGAAUAGUAAAAAUUACACUUGCACGUCGGAAACGUCAGCAACAGAAAAGGGAAAAAAUGUAAAAAGUGACGAUUCUUAUACGCAUUACAUUAUAGCUGUUGAAAAACCCAUGUAUGAAAUCCGCGGCACGAUGACGUACAGGACUAAUGGAAUUGGCAUUUGCACACCCGAAAUAAUCUGGCUCGUGCAAAACCAUUUACCCAUCCUGUUAUGCACAGAAGUGUGUCCUGAAGGAUCGACACGAUACGCGUGUAACGUGAUCAUCAAAACGGGAAGCUGUACCGAAAAUGAAAAAAAUCUGGAGAUCGAAUACUUGAUGACAUUAAACGACAAAGCUGAUAUCUUCACCAAAAUCAGAACAAGCAAGCAAGGUCGAAAUGCUUUGUACUAUCAACAAAUCUUGGCGAGGAUAUCAAACGUAUUAGCCGUGAAUCUCAAGAAUACCUUAUCGACUGCACAAAUCGUAUCCAAAUUCACUUUACAGGAAACUCAUUUUGAACCCGACCACGAGCGAUUGAAGAUUAACACAUUUGUCUCCUGUGCACCAGGUUUUGGGCUCCGUGAAGUGUUCUGCGCAGCUUGUCCACCACAUCACUAUAGUCCCGAAAAAUCGACCGAGUGCUUAAAAUGUCCGAAAAAUUUCCAUCAACCCGUCGCCGGGUCGGAUAAAUGCAUCAGAUGUCCGUCUCCGUUUACAAAUGGCUGUUAUGUGGAUGAAGUGAAUAUGAAGUUCAACAAUUAUUACGUGAUUGGUGCUGGUUUAUUCUUAAUUUUGUUUUUUUUUACCGGGUCUUGUUUCUGUUGCCGUGAACAAAUUAAAUAUAAAUGCUUACAUAAUAUUAGAACGAUACCAGGAAGUGUGAGAAGAAAAUUCAAGUUAUUUAAAAAAAAAGACUUAUUACCAAGGUUAAACUGCAAAAAGAGCAUCAUAACUAAAGGGAAAAAAGUUGGUAAAUCGUUGAUGAGAUUUGUCAGAAAACCACAUCAAAAAUUAAUGAAACCGACCAUACCAUUUGAAAUUAUACAUGGAAAAAUGGACCCACAUCAUAUUAAGCU